UAGUACAAACACUACAAAGUGUCUGGCUUCUUGUAUUAUGUCACGGAUUCCGUUUUGUUGCUAAAUGUUAAUUAAUAAUUAUUUUUGUUGACUGUCGGUCUGUCUAUUUGUCUACUUUUCAACGACAGUCAAUCACAACUAUUUCAUAAUAGUGUUUUAGUCGGAAAGAAAAUCCAUUAGUUUCUAAAAAUGGCUAAAAUCUUAGGAAUUGUUUCAAAGUUUUACGACGAUUACACGAAGACAACAUCGAAAAAACUUAAGAUAAUCGAUGCUUAUUUGUUUUACAUAAUGCUGACUGGAAUAGUACAAUUUGCAUACUGUUGUUUAGUAGGCACAUUCCCGUUCAACUCGUUCCUCAGUGGUUUUAUUUCAUCAGUUAGCUGUUUUGUACUCGGCGUAUGUUUACGAUUACAAGCAAAUCCGCAGAACAAAGCACAAUUCAGUGAUAUAAGUCCAGAACGUGGUUUUGCUGAUUUUAUUUUUGCACAUAUUGUGCUUCACUUAACUAUUGUAAACUUUAUAGGUUAAUUUCAGCAUUAAGGUUCAAAUUUAUAAUGCAUUGUACGGCUCCAUUUUUAUUUCUAAAUAUAUUUUGUGUAAAUAAAGGAUUAAAUAAAUAUAAUUUACACUUAUACACAUA